CAUUUUGGGUACUACAUGCAUCCUUUUUUGACCUGAUUGACCGACUUUUUUACUCCGUACCUUUUUUUCUUACUUACCUUACAUGCAAGACAGAGAGACACACCGCAUACCACACACCUUACCUGGACUGGCUUUUCUAACCGCCUUUUCUGCCGGACGAUUGUGACUGUUGUUGUGUCGUAGCAAAGAAACCAUCUCUUUCUCGUCACACACCGCGACACAACAUACAACCAUCCUCUAGCACAGAGGACCUGGACUGGGGGUCCAACUUGUCUACUGUGGUUUGUUGCUGAACAGCAAACCAAAGUCAAGUCUUCUCAGCAUUUGAGUUGAAUCCCAUACAUCCUUCCUCUUCCAAGCAUUCCAAAACAAUAGAAACACCCACUCCUUUCCCCUAAUCUUUACAGACCAGCUUAGAUCUGACGCCCUCAGCAUUCCUAUCGCUAGGCAGAUCGAAUCUCGUUUUUUAGGCCGAUUCACCCAAGUAACUCUCAUCUCAAGGCUUCUACCUCGCGCGCGCAUUCCAAUCCGAACCUCCAAACGUUGCGACAACGAAGAAGGACGACGACAACGGACAGGGCUAGAUCACUUUGCUUGGUCCCCAUCCGUCUAGCUAGCUUUCGCUCGCACAUCCAGGUUCUUCUCCGAGUCGCAUUCCAGCGCCUGGCUGAGCAACCAUUCAACGCCCGACCGUCUCUCCAUCCUAGGAGGACGGGGGGUUUGGGGCUUUUGUCUGACCGUCUUUUAGCAAAGAGCGGCAAGAAACCACCAACCGAGAAGGGAAUAGAGACGCGAUGGCCGAGGGGAAGUUUGCAGUGGGCUGGUGGCAAUUUGUGCCGUUUCUCGGCUACCACCAUGUUCUUAUGAUUCUGAUAGCAGUUGCCAUCAUAUUGUUAUCACUACUAUUAGCAGGAUGCUCGUCAUCAUCACCGCUCAUACCAGAUAUCUUCCUGCUAUCUUUAUAUUAUCAACAAUAUACAGCGGUGCCCGAUACGUCACAAGUCGACUACAAUGUCAACCAAGCCAUCAGCAACAUUGUCGGUAACGCGCAUCUCCAGGCUCGUGUCGGCUACUUUGGCAUCUGUGUCAACGCCGAUGGCGGCUCAUGGCUGUGCUCAAACAACGCCACCGCCCUUGCUCGCGAGAUCUCGGUUGACCAAGAUCCGCUUAACCUGAUCUGGCUGGCAAGCCAAUUCAAAGACAUGAUUGUCUUUCCCUACCUGAUCAUCAUCGCAAUCAUUUUUGCCUUCAUCUGUCUCCUUCUCCUCGCCACCUUCCCCGGCUGGCAUGAGGACACCGACAGCGAGGGAUCGGAGCGUGAGGUCAAGCCGUUCCCCUCGCGGCCCGUGAGCCAGGUUGCCCUUGCCAUCAUCUUCAUCGCGAGUAUCUUCGUCCUGGUCAGUGUCUUGUGGCAACACACGGCCUCAGUGGCAGCCAGUGUCAUAGCGCAGGACUUUGGAAACGGGAGCGUUCUCAGCGGCAUCGGUACCAGCGCCAUGGUAAUGGGUUGGUUCAGUUUUACGCUUCUCAUUAUUGUCACCAUCGGCCUUCUCGUCAUGAUUCUGAGCAUACGCGUGCUUAGUCAGCUGGCAGGAUGAGCCUGGUUGACGACAUGUGAGAACCAAGUGGGGGCCAGAACCACAGAUCGCGUCGCGAAGCGGGUAGGAUGGACGAUGAUGCGAUUUCAUUAGAUGACAGGCUGGUAGACGAUCAUGGUAUGGGAAACAAAGAGACGGGACCACGGGACAUACAGGAAUUGUGAAGGAUGAGAACGUCGUCAAUCAACCCACCCUCUGGACUCAGAGAUGAGAUGAUGAUUUGAGCCGGACAUCCACUGCAACUGGCUGGAAAGCUGCCGGGCCAGCUUUUGUUCCCUUCAGCGAUGACGACUAUAGAUUGACGACUUGACGACGAUGGGAGGGCCAGUUGGGUAUCAGGCGCCGGGUUAUCAUCUCUGGGAGGGAACUUUUGUUGACGAAAACGAUCGCCAAAUCAAAGGGAGGAAUAUGUUUAUCUGCGUCUAUGGUUUUCUCCAGUCCGAGGUAUGGGCUGGUUUUACUACUUUGACGUUCGGAUUCACACCCCCCGACGAAAAAAAAAUCAGCGAAUUUUUGUCUCUCUUCUCACUCUUUAUUGCACCAAGCCCGUUCAGGGAAAAUGUUAAACAAUUUGCUUGUUAUUUGUUUUCGGAUCAAUGUUUGGGAAAAAGACUGUCAUCGGCUUCAAUUUUUUGUAUUUUGUGUAUAUUGGGCUGCAGUAGACAAUUCGACGUCUGCUCUCCUGACGCCUUUUCGGUCUUGUUUUAAUGCUACUCUUUUUUUCUUCAUCACCCCCCUUUUUUUUGUUCUAUGUAGAGUGAGUAACAAUCAUCGUCUCAACCGUUUAUUUCAUCUGUUCUUGGC